GUACCUUAAAUCCACCUCACCAGCACAGCACGGUUCGGCACGGCGUAAUCAUCUCCUCUCAUCACGCCAGAUAGUUGACAGUCUUCCGAAGUGUCUCACCAUGGUUCUCCGCGUGGUCACACCUCAAACACUUGUUGUUUGUGAACGCGCCGCAUCCACAGUAUCUGGGACAGCGUGUUCACGGUACUUCAGCAUGGCAUGCUCCUUCCUUCUUUCCUAGUACAAACUAUAUCCUUUGCAGAACAUAUGUCUUCGUUCCAUCGUCAAAUUGACAUUCUCACAUAUUUCGUGUUCUCACUCUGAUUCUUUCUACAACUCUUGCGGCAGCCGGCUGUCAUCUCCACACUUGAUUUCAAUCAGUUCGAGUUGUUGUCAAUCUUUUACACUCGUAUCAUCCUUCUGCAAAACUUCACAACAAGCAUCGCCCGACACUGAACAUAAUGGCCUGGGAGUUCCUCUCUCCGAUUCUCACACCAGCCGCUCUCCGCUCCGUACAAGCAGAUGCAAGUCCGUUGCUGACCUUACUUCUGGUCAUCAUCGGACUUUCACUCAUGACCGGCCUCUGCUUUUACAUCAGCUUCGUCACAGGGAAGGCGUAUCCCAAGAAGAAAGAUGCAAAGAAGGGUGGUCUGCUAGGGUUCUUGAAAAGUAACUGUAAAUCCAACAUCUCGCACACACUACAGAAUUCCACUCCCACACCUUUACACAAUAUGGCUUCUCAAACAAGCUCGACUCCUCGAAAUCUAAAGGAUAAGGUCGCCAUAGUCACUGGCGCAUCACGAGGCAUCGGAGCGGGUUUAGUGUUAGAACUAGCGCGCAGAGGUGCAAAGGUUACAAUUGUCUUCACGUCAACCAAAAGCGAGAAGCUGGCCAAGGAUGUUGCUUCGCAGGUCGCGACUCUAGACAACGGCAGUGAAACCACAAUCGUGCAAGCAGAUCUCAGCCAAACUGAUGCACCCGCGAAAAUUGUGGCGGCGACACGAGAAGCAUUCGGUGACAAGAUCGACAUCCUGGUGAACAACGCUGGAGUUUUGUUCGCCAACCCCAUCGAAGAGACAACGACAGAGGACUACGCCAAAACCUUCGACGUCAAUGUUCGCGGGCCCUUUCUCAUGACCGCGGCCGUAGUACCGCAUCUGAGAGCACCGGGCAGAAUCAUCAAUCUAUCUUCAGUAGGCGCACAUUUCGGGCCUCCCAAAUACUCCCUAUAUGCAGCGUCUAAAGCGGCGAUGGAAGGCAUGACGAAAAGCCUGGCACAUGAGCUCGGUGAUGCACUACACACGGUCAACGCAGUAGCACCGGGUGCUGUCAAAUCGGAUAUGUUGGAUUUGCUUCCCAAGGAGGUCGUUGAUAUGCAGCUGAAGAGCACGGCCGUAGAGCAUCGUGUAGGAACCAACGACGACAUCGCCCAGAUUGUGGCGUGGUUGGCAAGUGAGGAAUCGAGAUGGGUUUCUGGACAGACGAUUUCUGCGUCUGGUGGGUUCCUGAUGCUCUAAGUGGAUCACCAGCCGUGUCGUCGACUUUGUCGGCGGUGGCUGGGAAUAGGGAGUUUGAUUAUGAAGCUUAGGCGAU